AUGUUUCCAAAUCAUUAUUCACCAUCGAAUCCAUACGGUGAUUUUUCAUCAUAUAAUACAACUACAUCAUCAUCAUCAUCUUCUUCAUCAUCAAAUAUAGCUAGUCUUGGUGGUUCUUCAUCUCCAUCUCAUUAUCAACAACACCAACAUAUGUUUUCAACAACACAUUUUUCAAAUGAUAAACUUCAAUCAUCACCACCAACUGGUUAUCCAGCAUUUGCUAUGCAUGGUCUAAAUAUGAAUGUUAAUGUUACUAUGAGUCCUGUUUAUGUACCAACUAAUAAUCUUUCAAUUCCUCAAUCAUCACCAUCAGCUCCAAUGAAAUCAUUUUAUUCAUCGGAUGAAAAUGGUACUAAUGCAUUGGAAGAAAAAUCUAUUAAUUUGGCUGCAUUAAAUGGUAAUGAAAGUCUUCAACCACCGCCACCACCAACACUUGCAUUACCUAACAUGAAAACAAAAGGAAAGAAAAUUCGUAAACCACGAACAAUCUAUAAUCCACUUCAAUUACAAGCACUCAAUAAACGUUUUCAUCGUACUCAAUAUUUAGCAUUGCCUGAGCGAGCUGAAUUAGCAGCUAUGCUUGCUCUAACACAAACUCAGGUUAAAAUAUGGUUUCAAAAUAAACGUUCAAAAGAAAAAAAAUCGAAUAGACAAGGUAAUCGUACUCGUCCAUCAAAUGAUAAUGAUUUAAGUUGUAAUGGUGAAGAAAUCUAUUCUGAUGAUGAAACAAGUUCAACGUCAACUAAUAAUAAUGAUUCAUCUUUACAUGCAACACAAUCUUUAGCACCAGCAUGUGAAAGUAAAGAUGUUGAUGUGACUACAACUAAUCAAACAACAAUCAAAUCAUCACCGAAUAUCUAUGAACAGUCUUCACCACCUUCUCUCACAUCAUCUGCUAUGAUGUCAACAAUAACACCUUAUCCAACAAAUGAUUUUCUUCGUUCAAGUUCAAUGCAUUUUGAUUAUGGAUCAAUGAAUGGUUUUUGGCCACCAUAUCUCUAUGAUACAAAUAAUAAUAAUACUAAUGGUUAUUAUCAACAACAUCCAGCAACGAUUCACAGUUAA